AUGGGUGUCCUCAUAUCGUCCAACGAGCCGACAAAGAGUCUCAGUCGAGAAGACAUCCAAGAACAACCCCGCGACAGCUCCAGCCAUGAUGCAAGCAGUCCAGACAAUGGCGAUCUCGAAUCCGGCGACAUCGAUGUUGAAAAGAUCGAGCGCAUUUACCGAAAAAUUGACUUUCGCAUCAUCCCGGCCUUUUGGGUCCUCUACUUCCUCUGCUCGGCCAUCCGAUCCAAUGUCGGGCUUGCGCAAACGAUGAACGCAGAGUCCGGGCACGACCUUGGCUCCGUACUCAACCUUACACCACACCAAGUCUCGACCGGUCUCGCCCUGUUCUAUGUCUGCUACGUUGUCUUCGACUUACCCUCAAACUUGGUCAUGACAAAGCUAAGCCCGCACGUCUGGAUGAGUCGCAUUGUUAUCGGGGUAGGAAUAAUCGGGAGCUGUAUGGCUGCCAUGAAGGCCGCCUGGAGUUUAUACCUCCUCCGCCUCCUCCUCGGAGUUGUUAUCGCAGGCAUGUGGCCCGGAAUGGCCUACUACCUAACCCUCUUCUACCCGCCGUCCCGCACUGGCAAACGCAUCGGCCAGUACUACACCGCUGCGCAACUCUCCGCCGCCGUCGUCGGUCUCGUUUCGGCCGGGUUCCAGAAAAUGGACGGCGACCACGGCCUCGUCGGCUUCCAGUGGAUGUUCCUCGUCUACGGCGUCAUCACCGUCGCCGUCGGCAUCGUCCUCCUCUGGUGGCUACCUGAUCGCCCCGUUGCCCCUGGUCAAGAAGAAGCGGCCAAGCAGCGCAGCAAAUGGCUCCGCUGGUUCCCGCAGAGCCCGCCAGUCCUCACAGGCGAGGACGCUGAACUGCACUACCGCGAUCUAACCAGAGUCUAUAAACGCCCACGCUGGACUUCCCGCAAUCUCCUCGCCGUCAUGCUCGACUGGCGCCUCUGGCCGCUCCUCCUCAUGUACUUCGGUGUCGUGGGCGUCGGCAUUGGCACGCAGAGCUACGCUACCGUUAUCAUCCGGAGCAUCAACCCCAGUUUAUCGGGCAUUGACCUGAGUCUGCUCACCGCUCCUAUCUGGCUUAUGGACCUAGCAGCCAUCCUCCUCGUAACCCCCCUCUCCGACCGCUUCCACCACCACCGCGCAAUCUUCUUCUCGCUCGCCGCCUGCAUCCAAAUGCUCGGUCUCCUCCUAACAACCUACGCCGGCACAGAUAGCAACUCCUGGCCCCGCUACGGCGGCCUCCUAAUCGUCGGGUUCGGGCUCGGCCCCACAGUGCCCAUAACAAUGACCUGGACCACGGAAAUCUUCCAGCCGCGGCACGGCGAGGUCGGCGUUGCCGCUGCGUCGGCCGUUGUCUCGGGGUGGGGGAAUCUCGGCUCGAUCAUGACCACGUAUGCGCUGUAUGAGGGGUGGAGCGAGGAUGCGAAUGCGGAGGGACGGCAGAAGUUCCGGAAGAGUAAUCUGGUGAUGGUGGGGAUUUUGGGGAUGAGUGUUCUUAGUGCGUUGUGUAUGCAUGUUGCUGUUAGGGUUUUCGAUGGGGGGAAGGAAACAGGGGGUGGUGAUGGGGAUGGGGGGAAGAUUGUUGAUGGCGCGGCGAGGAGGGAGGUGCAGCAGCGGGGGUUGGAUGGGUUGGGGAGUGGGUUGUUCAAGAUGUUUAGGGGUGGGAAGAGGACUGCUCGUCAGGGAUAG